AUGCUGCAACCCCUUAACUUCUGCGCUGUCGCGCUUUUGGCAUUGACGGCCACCGCAAAGCAAACCUGCAAAUCUUCUCCUGGUGACUUGUCCUGGCCGUCGCAGAACGAAUGGAAUUCCCUCAACCAGUCUAUCCAAGGGACUCUCAUUAAGACGUCCCCAGCCGGCUCCUCGUGUUACCCCGGUAAUCCAUUCGAUUCUCCCGAGAACUGCACAGCAGUGAAAAACCAUUGGUCCUCCGCCGCAUACCAUGCUGCUUGGCCUGAGAGUAUCGACUACUCAAUCUACGCAAACAACUCGUGUUUGCCCCCAGGAGUAGAUGGAUACACAGCAGGGAAAGAAUGCAGUAUAGGUGGUUUGCCACAAUACAUCGUCAAUGCCUCGACUGAGCAUCAAGUUGCGACUGCGAUGAAAUGGGCAUCCCAGAGAGAUAUUCGGAUCGUUGUGAAGGGAACGGGACAUGAUCUCGGUGGACGAUCAACCGGUGCUUUCGCUCUUUCUAUCUGGACCCAUAAUUUCAAGCGCAUCCAAAGGCAUCCGCAGUGGCAUUUACCCGGAACGAACGACACGGCAGAUGUGGUUAUUUGCGGCAGUGGAAACAACUGGGGAACCGUUUACAAUGCAGUGCACAAGAUAAACCGAACGGUAGUUGGCGGGGAAGACGCCACAGUUGGCCUGGGUGGACUCAUUCAGAAUGGCGGACACGGGCUUCUCUCAAGCCAUCAUGGACUUGCAUCCGAUCAAGUCUAUCAGGUCACUGUCGUUACCACUGAGGGUCAACGGCUCGUCGCCAACGAUAUCCAAAAUCAAGAUCUGUUCUGGGCUGUUCGGGGUGCAGGUGGUGGUCAGUACGGAGUGGUUACAGAGUUCGUGCUGAAGACACACCCUGUUCCCAAGAAUGUGGUAACGGGAGGUUUCUCAUUUUUCCCGGCUCAGAACUCGAACGCCAGCGAGACUGCAUCCUGGAACGCUCUCGCUGAGAUAGCGGCCCAAAUCCCAGACUUGAUGGACAGCGGCCUGACUGGAACAGUCACAGCUUUGAACAAGAAAAAGGCAGUAUCUUACUUGGGACUGAAGCAAGAGAUGCCUGGUGUAUCCGGCAUGAUCAGCUUCACUGGGUUCAAUAUGACUAUGGAGUCAAUGAAUGCAUCAGUCAGCAACCUGGCUGCCCGACUCGAUCUUAACAACGUGAACAUCACUCUUCAAUCACCUUCUACAAAGAGCUACUGGGCUUCUACCAAGCCCGACUUCUCAGCCAGCAAUGCCGCAGGAUCUGUCAGCUUAAUGACAAGCCACCUUCUAGGCAGACGUGAGCUUUCAGAUAUCCCCCGGGAGAAACUGGUCAGUCAUCUCCAGGAGAUCAUGGUCUCCCAAAACACAACUGCGGGUACAAUGCUUCUUUUCGGGUUGCAGGCUGGAAAAGGCCCGGCUAGCGUCCCUGAAAUGAGACGUGGUAGCACCCUGCCUGCCUGGCGUGAAUCAUAUGUUCAUGCCAUGGCCUACAGUGCCUCUGUUGAUGCCACCGGUGACCCUAGCCAAUCUUUGAAAGCUGGCGCUGAUUGGAUCAACAAAGCCCAAGAGUCAGUCUGGAAGCAUUGGGCACCCCAUUCCGGGUCCUACAUGAACGAGGGCAACACAUUCAGCAUUAACUGGAAGCAUGACUUCUACGGGUCAAACUAUGAGCGGCUCCUUGAUGUGAAGCGCAAGUAUGACCCUAGCGGAAGCUUGUUUGUUUGGAGCGGAGUUGCAAGCGAUGAGUGGGAUUAUGACUUGAACAGUGGUCUGCUGUGCCGUGUAUAG